AUGGAAUACAACAAAACCAAUGAAGAUGCACGAGCUUUAACAUAUCUUGAAUUCCCACAUUACUAUGUCUUUGACAAAAAGAAGAAGAUCUGGACAAAAAGAAAGCGUGGAUUUGCAGUUGGACGGAUGACUCAUGCAUCUCCUUCUUCAAGAGAAUUCUACUAUCUUAGAGUCCUCUUAACUAAGGUCAAAGGCCUAAGAUCAUAUAAAGAGAUUAGAACAGUUGAAAAUAUUAUCUAUCCAACUUUCAAGUCUGCUUGUCAUGCUAUGGGAUUACUAGAAGAUGACAUUGAAUAUAUUGAUGCAAUCAAAGAAGCUGCAAACUGGGCAUUAGGGCACUAUUUGAGAAAAUUCUUUGUCAAUAUUGUCUUUUCAUAUGCACAGAAGCAACAAGCUGCAUUGUUUGAAAUAAAUCAAUUAUUACAAGCGAAUGGAAAAAGCUUGACUGACUACCCUACCCUACCAAGGCUUGAAGCUCACAAGCACAUUGAUGUUACCAACCACCUUAUCAUGCACGAAUUAAAUGUCAACAGAGAAAAUUUACAGCUCGAGAGUCAAAAGCUAAUCUCCUCUUUAACUAAAGAACAGAAAACUAUUUUUCAUUCAAUUAUGUCUUCCAUUGGCACUUCAUCACAAGGAUUCUUCUUUGUCUAUGGUUAUGGUGGGACUGGGAAAACAUUCCUUUGGAAUGCAUUAAUCACAACAAUUCGUGCCAAAGGGCAAAUUGUUUUAGCUGUCGCAUCCAGUGCUAUUGCAGCAACACUAUUACCUUCAGGAAGAACAGCUCACUCUCGAUUUGUGAUUCCAAUUGAGAUUAAUGAAGACUCCAUAUGUAACAUCAAGCACAGUUCACCACUUGCUAACCUUCUAAGAGAAACAACUUUGAUUAUAUGGGAUGAAGCACCAAUGAUCAAACGACAUUACAUUGAAGCCUUUGAUAGAUCAUUAAGAGACAUUAUGUUCAUUGAUGAACCAUUUGGAGGCAAAUGUGUUGUUAUGGGAGGUGAUUUUCAACAAAUAUUACCAGUUAUUCCAAAAGGAGCCAGAGCUGAUAUUGUGAAUGCCUCUAUUAACUCUUCAUACUUGUGGAAUAGUUGCAUAAUCUUCAAACUCACAAAAAACAUGCGCCUUUCUACUGCUUUGACACUUGAAACAACUGCAGAAAUUAAUCAGUUUGCCAAUUGGUUACUUGAUGUUGGUGAUGGAAACUUAUCACUUCCUAAUGAUGGCAUGGCAAAGAUAGAAAUUCCUCCUGAGUUGUUAAUUACAAAAUACUACAAUCCCCUCGAAGCUAUAGUCAAUUCCACUUAUCCAGAUUUGCUCCAACACUUAUCUGACUCCAAAUACUUCAAUGAUAGGGCAAUUUUAGCUCCCACAAUAGAAACUGUGAAUCAGUUGAAUGAUUAUAUGUGCUCAUUAUUGCCUGGUCAAUCAGUCGACUACUUCAGUGCAGAUUUAGUUCCAAAAAUAGAACAGGAUAAUGACUCCAUUGACGACUUAUACACAACUAAAUUUCUCAAUACAAUCAAUUGCUCUGGCUUACCUCAUAUAAACUCACUUUAA